AUGCUUGGCGGCAGAGACGCAGGACGAAGCGACGGCGCUUUGUCGUCGGCGUACGACGAAGAAUACGUCGACCAAGACUCGUGGACGGAAGUCAAGCGACAGGAACUCGACUAUGCCACGUCGUCCGAGUCGGACAGAAUGCAUUUGGUGCUCGAGGAUCCAGUCGGUGUUUUGCACCAACGAGAGACGGCGGUUCUCAAGGUGCACGCCCUGUGCGCUCAGCCGACGUGGCAGUGCGCGGCAGGAAGUUCCAGCAAGACACAGGUGAAGAACGAGAAGGAGCGAGCUAGGAAUUACCGAGACGGGGCAGUGCCCGGCACUCUGUUCGUCACGGACUGCCGUCUCUUCUUUCUCCCUUUUGAGCGACGUCAGGAUGAAAACGCUACGGUGGAAGUUCAGUUGACGAACAUUGCAGAGCUCGCGGAGCUUCCAGUAGACGGGACACUGGGUUCAUUGAGCCAGCUGGAGGUUUCGUGCAAGAAUUUCGAGCUGGUCAAGUUUACUUUUCCUGGAGAGACUAUCUCAGGUGAUGUUUACGUGAAGCUUAAUCAGUUGCUUGGAAGCAAACGCCAGACUACAGCUUCUGCAGUCGAACGUGAGCCAGACCGAUUUGGAUGGACAGGUUAUGACCCUCAGGCCGAGUUUUCUCGCUUGGGAUUCAAGACACCAAAGGCUGGCACUCCACUUGGUGGAUUUCGCAUCACGCACGUGAACAGCAAUUACAGGCUAUCUCCGACGUACCCGAGCUUGUUCAUCGUUCCGGCAUUGGUGUCCGACGGCGAGCUGCGGAAGAUUAGCUACUUCCGUGCUCGUGGACGUGUGCCGGCUGUGACGUACCGACACCACAAUGAUGCAGUCGUUGCUAGGUGUGCACAGCCGCUUGUGGGACUUCGGAGGAAAAGGUGCACUUCUGAUGAAGCAUAUAUGCUAGCGCUACGACGAGAGUGCAAAGGGAAGCUGGUGUUCAUCGAUUGUCGGAAUCAAGCCAGUGCAUAUGGCAAUAUGGCACUAGGUGGAGGCUUUGAAGUAUUGGACUACUACAAGGACACCAACAUCAUGUUCAUGGGUAUUGAAAAUAUCCACUCCAUGCGAGAUUCGAUUCGCAAGUUGUUUGAUCUGAUCAAGAACGAAGUGCGAGGGAAUGAGCGGCUAGAUUGGUUGUCAUGCCUCGAGAGUACGCGAUGGCUCGAACACGUGCGCUCUAUUCUCGUGUCGUGUUCCGUAUGUGUUGAGAAACUUGUUGAGGGAACUAGUUUGGUGGUGCACUGUUCUGACGGAUGGGACCGCACUGCUCAACUCACGGCUUUGGUAAAACUAUGUGCAGAUCCAUUCUAUCGGACAAAAAAGGGGUUCCAGGUACUCAUCGAACAGGAGUGGUGUGCAUUCGGACACCAAUUCUGCACCCGGUCGGGAGAUACAGCCACCCAAGCGCGCUAUUGGGAAGAUGAGAACACAUCGCCGGUGUUCAUGCAGUUCAUGGAUGCAGUGUGGCAACUCAUGCGCCAGUAUCCUUGUUCAUUCGAGUUUAGUGAACUCUAUCUCAUUGCCCUGCUGGAUGAAGUCUAUAGCAAACGGAGUGGGACCUUCCUGCACGACUGCGAAGAAGCCCGGAUGGCGUUCAAGACGGAUGUCCAGUGUAUGAGCGUGUGGACGCUACUGGAGGUGCAUCCUCAGGCCACGAAUUUUCACAAUCCAUUUUACAUGGCGCCUCUUCGUGGUGAUGAUGAUUCGACGUGCAAGUCUCCGUCAGUACUUCAGUGCAAGUGGCACACAAGCUUGCUGACGAUUUGGUCCGCGUUCUAUCUGCGGUCGCUGGGAUCGAAUGACUCUCGGGCGUGGACCAGGGAACUACAGAUCACUCAGCGUCAGUUGCAUGAGCAGUUGAGUGCCGCCCAUCAGCAGUUGCAGUCUCAGGAAGAGCAGAACUCGAAUCUCCAUAGCGAGUUGGAGCAGCUUCGACGAGAGCGUGCUCAGUUGCACCGGUUACUUGAAAGCGAGGUGUACAGCGACACACUGAACGGUUUGCUGGUGCACGAAGAGGACGCGAAUGAAGACGGAGUCUUGCUCAGCGUGACGCCCGUCAGCAAGAGUCGCACGACAUUGGGAACCACUGGCAGCAACAGUAGCGCAAGCACCUUUGGCGCAAAAGUGGGAGCCAAGAUGUACUCGACUACUGGCGUCGGCUCGUUCCUGGGCGGCUCCAUUGGUCUGGAGUUUGAUGUCCUGCCAACUUACUUUGACCGCUCCGCUUGA